AUGCUAGACAAGGGAAAAGAGGAUGCGAUUUUGCAGAGCGCCCUUCAAAUAUGCCUGAGGAGGGAGGAGGCGAGCAACGCCAAGGUGCACCUAGAGUCGUACGAAAGGGAAUUGAGCCAAACGAGCAAAGAGAAGAAGCCACCAUCAUUACAGAUUGAUAACUUAUAUUUUAUCCUCCUGCACAAAAUAGCUUACCUGCAUAAGCAAAAGAAGAACUGCCUGACGUACUUGUGUUCCUGUUCGUCGAGGUUAUCCGAUAGAACUCUCUUCAAACAUGUGCAGCUCGAGAGUAAGCAGAUCGAUGAUGUAACCAAUGAGAUCAACGAUCAGAUAAUCAAUAGUGUAAUUAUUUAUUUGGAGAAUCUGGAGGUGUAUCCAGAGGUGAGUAUCCCAGCGAAGGAGCGGAUUCACACCUUUUAUGAAUUCCUAAAGGAUUCAUGUACUUCUCGUUUUUUAAAAAAAAUCCUAUUCGUCAUUGAAGAAAAUGAUAAGAAUGAAGAGAGAGAGGAGGAUAAACAACUUAAUAAAUUUUUCACUCCCAUUGUGGAUCUCAUUUUGGAAAACUUGAAUGGAAGAAAUUUGGUUUAUCCAAAAAAUGACGUGGCUGUUUUGUUAAAGUUCCUCUCAAGCUUUAAGCAAAUUGCGGAACUUAUUAUUUCUAAUAAAUCGAUAUUUUUGCAUCUCAAUUUGAAAGACAAGAUAAGGGAUUGUGCAUCGUCCGGAGUGGACAGCGCUGCAGGAGAAGGUGAAAUUCAUGCUAGCUAUGCCGGGUUCGAUGCAGAGAAACCGGGUAGCAAGGACAAAGAAAUAAACUCAUGCGGGUAUAACCUCCAGCUAAACAGCCUCCUGGGAAGAUUAAUCUCCCCCACAGUUAUAACGAUGCCAAAUGUGACGAACAAGGAGGAGAUUGCCAUGUACAAAUACUUCUACAACAGUGCAACGAAUUCUCUGAACAAAAUGACAUUGGCUGCUUUGAAAAAUACAUAUGUUAUGUUGAGGAGAGACACCGACUGGAUUUUGGAGAACUGCGUGGAGACGAUAAAAAAUUUGCUUAAAGGAAGUGUGGACAGCAAGAAACGAGUCCUCCUCUGGCUAGCUUGCAUUAUCAUUUCGAACGAGAAAAAGACGAAAAUCAUGUACCACUAUUCGACUUAUCCACAAUCGUUAGACGCAUCUUACGGAUUGUUUUUAAAAUUGUUGGGAGAGAAUUCCUACGGCUUUUGCCUGAACAUGUUUUGGGUUCUACUCUGCUUGUGUGAACCGAUUACGAUGAACAAGAUCAGCGACUUCGACUUGUUUUUUUUUCUGAGGGAUGAUCCCUUCUCUAAAUUUUUGUUAAAAAAUAUAACCAAUCAGUCUUCGUUUGAAGAAAAAUCCAAUGUGGAAAAAAUAAAAGAGAAAGUAAAAAAUGCAGAAUCAUUCCGGAAGGAACCUAAAUUUAUAACGUCCAUCUUUUGGAUCACAUUUAAGUCUCUUAGUGUCUUCUUCAAACCAGCCAUUGAUGAAUUUAUCCGGAUAGUACAAGAGGUACCCAAUGCAAAGGACAAAAAAGUGUACUACAUGAAUAUACAUACAUGGAAGAUUUUUCUCUACAGCUCUCGUUUUAUUCAAUUGUUAUUUAAAUUUUUGCACCUCAGCAUCGCAUACUUUUUGCAUGUUGCUUAUUUGUACGACAUGGAAGGGAAUGCCUGCAUAGAUAUGACGAAGCUUCUGAGUGAAUACAAUGGGAAUUUCACCCACCUGGUGUUGAAGUCAUGCCCUCCUCCGAAUGAGAGGAACUACAUCAGGAGAGGUAGAACUUUCGGCAGCCUCUCCCUUUCCGCGAAUGUCCACGAGGGCCAAGGGGAGGAACCACAGGAAGGCGCGGAAAAGCGAGAUGGAGAGGAGCCACGGGUGGAACUCUUGCAGGAAGAGAAUCUCCGCGCGGAACUGCCACAGGAAGAGAACCGUCGCGCGGAACUGCCGCCAGACGAAGUGGGGGCGAACGGAGCGCAGGGCCAAGGAGGGAGUGAAAACCCAGAGAGGAGUCCCACCCAGGAAAGCGACGACCACUUGUUUGCAUCCCCCCAAUUCUCCAUCAUCCCGACAUUUUUCCUAAACGAUAUAUUUGACAUAAUAUACCUCCUAUACGAACUGGACACCUUUAAAAGUCCGGGGAAUGAAAAUUUCCUGAGUUACCUAAAUGUUGACUUAUUUCUUUCCUUCUGUAUCUUCACGAUGCUGAGCGAGAACCACAUAAAGAGCAUCCACCUGAGGUGCGAAGCGGCUCCGAAAACGUUUACCUACCUGUAUAGAAGUGAAAACAUGAAGAAGAUCAUAGAAGAAUCGGAUUUGACUCGAAAGUAUAUCAUAAAAUCGUUGACCUACGUUUUUAUUGCGUCACAAAAAGGAGAGUAUACGGAGAGGAUGCAAACUAGGGUUCGCAUCGUGGAAAAUUUUAACAGUCUCUUUCUUAACGAGAUUUACGUGGAUCAGUUUACACAGCUAGUUAUUCGGAACAACAAUUUGUUCGUGCACUUGAUUCACCUGUUACUGAACGAUGUGAACUUUUUGGUCGAGGAAGUGGUUUCGUACUUGUCCGAGAUUAAGCGUCGGGAGGAUAAGAAGCAGGACGACCAGGAACGCGGGGGAAUCGCGGCUGCCGCUACUGGUGGUGUGACUGCCGCUGCUGCUACCGCUACUCGCGCGGGAGGGGGUUCAAAUACGUACGCCAACGCGACACGUAACAGCAGGGUGUCCAACGCCAAUGCGAGCAGUGCGCUGAACCCCUCUGGGGAAAGCGAUCUAGAAGACAGUGCACCGAACCUGAACGAGUCGUACAACAGUGACAACAGCGAUAAUGACCAGGGAGGGGGAGGCAAUGUCGGAACGGACAUAAGGAACCAAAGUAUGAGGAAUUUAGCGGCGAGGACCAAAAUGAUCAUUACUUACUGCUACAAGUCUUGCAUUUUUUUGAAUUUGCUUUGUAAGAACUACCCAAACAAUAUCGUCACAUCGAAUACGAUUCUAUCCCAAAUAGUUACCUGCUUGAAUUGCUACUUCGAUUACCUAGUGGGACCAAAAUGCUUAAACAUAAAGGUGAAGAAUAUGGAACAGUAUAAUUUUAGACCCCAGUUAUGGCUAACCAGUAUCGUAGAGUCCUACCUCUUUUUACUAAAUUCGGAUAAGAAAAAUGAGGAGCUUCUUAUCAGAGAAAUCGCCAACGAAGGAAGGUACUACAAACCGGAAGUAUUCAACAAGGCUUACUACAUAUGCAAAAGGGAAGGACUACUACGCAAGGAGGAUCUAAAUAAAUUUAAAUUUUUCUGUCAACAUAUUAUUGAUAUGAAAGACGAAGUGGAACUUUUUGACGAUGUGAAUGAUAUACCUGAUAAAUAUUUGGAUCCGAUUUUGCAAGACAUAAUGUUAGAUCCCGUUUUGCUACCCACAUCUGGCAUUGUCAUCGAUCGAAAGAAUAUUGAGAGGCACCUGAUGAGUGAACCCAAUGACCCCUUUAACCGAGCACCCCUCAGCAAGGAGCAGCUGGUACCCAUGCCAGAGCUCAAGGAGGAAAUUCAGAAAUUUAUUAACGAAUUGAAGCAGGAGAAGAAGAGGAAAAAGAAAAUGAAGCUUUUAGAGUUGGAUGCCCAAAAUGAAUCCAUGGAGAAUGAGGGGUUUCUUGGAAAUGAGGACGACGCGCAGGAAGUGAAGGGACAAAGGGAGCAGCCGGUCGAGUCGCUACACGAGGGGGAUACAAAGGAGAACGAGCAGGAAUGA